AUGCUGAUGCUGCACUAUAGCAAACACGGCGAGUGCAUACUCCAGGAAAUUGGUGCAGCAUUUCGCGGAGAGCAUGCGACCGAUCUGCUACUCAUCUGCGAUGGCAAGGAGACUGUGCGGGCACACAAGCUGGUACUGGCCGCUGCCAGUCCACUCAUACGCAUGAUAUUGGAAGAGACCCCGAUGCUGGAGGGCGAAACGACCGUCUACUUUCCGGAUGUGCAGGUAUGCUACUUCCGGCUGCUGCUCGACUUCCUGUACUCCGGCCAAGUGUAUGUACCCGCCAACGAGGUGCACCAUCUGCAAGAUCUCUUAGCGUUAUUACAAAUUAAGCCGAGCAUAUGGAAAAACUCCGACUGCUCCAAUGACAGUGAAUCACAAAAGUCAGAACCCUUGGUGGACAUCAACCGGAAUGAGGGUAUUGGCGCACUAGAUCAUCGUCGAAGGCGCACGAAAAGCCAGCAGGACCGUGCGGGAUCCCGGGACGGUAGUCCCGCCAGCCGGAAGGUAAGGGUGAAACGGGAGCACCAUUCCGCGGGCAGCUCGGAAGAUGGCGGCGAUCGCGAGGAUACCGAUUACAUGGACGAGGUCGAGGAGGCCAUCAUCAAAAGCAACAACAACCUGCAGCAGAUCAAUCGGCACGAUGAGGACGACGGUGGCGGGAGCGCACCGGGCGGCGGGGGAAGUGGAACCGUCGGUGACGAAGGUGGCAGUACGGUGGGUGAGGCAAGAAGUGAAUCGAGCAGCAGCAGAGGAGGGGACGGUACGGUGGACGCAUCCCGCACGUCCAACGUCGACCGACGAACCCCAUCCGCCCGGCAUAGCGGUGGUAGCGCCUGUGAUCCCGACCCGGAGGAUGACGAAGAUUUUGAGCUGGACGUGGAGGAUCGCGACAUGCUGGACGAGGAGGCACGGGCCGAGGCGACCAGCCGGACGCCCAACAGUGCCGGUGGCAGCGAGACGCGACGCAGCCGAAGGCGCAGCUCUUCCGAUCCCGUCAAUCUGUCCAUCGUGAAGCAACAGCAGCAACACCAGGACGGUGAUUCGGACGAUGCCAAUAUCGACGUCGAAACGAUAGGCAACGCACCGACGAAGAAUUUGCUUCCCACGCGAUAUUUGGACCCGUUUCGCACCAAGCGGAAAGCGUACUACAUACAGUCCGAUGCCGAAUCGUUGAAACCGCUCGACCACGAGCUGCUUCACGGUUCGCCGGACAACUAUGUCGUGACACCGCACCGGAAGCGGCGGCCCGGAUUUCACAACUCGCCGGCACAGAAUCCACCGUUCGUGCCCAGCUAUUUGGAGGAUCUGCGGACACGCAAGUGCUUCCUCUCGGCACCACCGACGUACCUGCCAGAUGCGCGACCUGGGUCACCCGGUACACCCCGUCCCACCGACAUUGCGGCGCUCGGUACCAACCAUUCGUCCAGCAAUAACAACAACAACAACAACACCAGCAGUAACAACAACAACCGGAUACGUCCGCCCAGUGCGGACAACAAGCUGGCGGUCGCACCGUUCGUGUACCCUUGGCCGUCCGCUGCCCUGGCGGCACUGCCCGGCGGGCCGGCGGAUCUGCUGGCGGUGCCGUAUUUGCACGCGGCCAGCGCCAACACCGACACGAGCCCCGCCGAGCUGAUACAGCAGAUGAAGAACUUCGAAAACAGUCAGGCGGAAGCGGUACUGAGUGCUCGGUCGGGCGGUAGUGGCGCGUGCGGUGGCAGCGGUGGCAGUGCUGCGAGCAGUUUAGCUGGAUCCGGGUCUGGCUCCACGGCCAGCGGAGGCGGUGGUGGUGGAGGUGGUGGCCUAAGCAGUGGUAACACACCGGUGCGCGAAUAUCGGUGCGAGUACUGCGGCAAGCAGUUCGGCAUGUCCUGGAACCUGAAGACCCACCUGCGUGUCCACACCGGCGAAAAGCCGUUCGCGUGCCGGUUGUGCGUGGCAAUGUUUAAGCAGAAAGCGCACCUGCUGAAGCAUCUCUGCUCGGUGCAUCGGAACAUCAUCAACUCGCCGGAGGCGGGCGGUCGAUACACCUGCUGCUUCUGUACGCUGUACUUCGAAACGCUGCAGGAGCUGGUGCGCCAUCUGUCGGGGCACCACAACAACUUGCUGCUCAGCAAAAACCUUCACGAAUGA